AUUUAUUUAUGGAAUCGGUCCUCCAAGAAAAUGAAAAUGUCAAAACAAAUCUGACUUAUAUAUGUAUUCUGCAAUCGUAUCUCUCACUUGAUCGACGGGAAACUUGCUCCGUCGGACCGCCGUCUCUUGCCUUUUCCGGCGCUCAUGGUUCGCCGCUGCAGUCCACGGUUAUAGUUUCAGUACGUUUCUCUUCUUCUUCUCUCGUAUUUGUACUAAUUUGUAUUGCUGUUAAGGGUUAGUCUCUGCUUGUUUGACAAAGCUUGAAUUUUUCUUUGAAAUUUCGCUGCAAUUUACAUAGUUUAGGGGGGUAGGUUUAGAGUUAAGAUGUUGAACAAAAUUAUGAAGAGAGGGCACAAGAAGGUGCCCAAACCGGACGCCGAAGACUUUGGGUCGGUCUCCGCGUCCGUUGUGGUGGUGAAUCAUGCUUCAAGGGGUAGUUCGCUGGGAAAUUCAACACCGGCGCCGGCGCCGGGGACAUUCGAGGUCCUGCCGUUGUUCCGGGAUGUGCCGGUGUCACAGCGGCAGAACUUGUUUUCCAGGAAGCUUCAGAUUUGCUGUUUCCAGUUCGAUUUCACGGAUGUGGUGAAGAUGGUUAGGGAGAAGGAGAUGAAGAGGCAGUGCCUUCUAGAGCUUGUAGAUUUUAUUCAAUCUGGCUCUGGGAAGAUCACUGAGAGCAAUCAGGAGGAAAUGGUAAAGAUGAUAUCUGUUAAUAUAUUCAGGUGUUUGCCUCCGGCUUCACACGAGAACAGUGGGUCGGAAAAUGUUGACGGGGAGGAUGAUCCCUAUCUUGAGCCCUCAUGGCCACACUUACAGAUUGUAUAUGAGCUGCUAUUGCGAUAUGUGCUUUCAUCUGAUACUGAUACGAAAGUUGCAAAGCAGUUCAUUGAGCAUUCGUUCGUGUUGAAGUUAUUGGAUUUAUUCGACUCCGAAGACCCGAGGGAGAGAGAGUAUUUGAAAACAAUUCUUCAUCGCAUAUAUGGGAAGUUCAUGGUGCAUCGUCCAUUUAUUAGGAAGGCAAUGAGUAACAUCUUUUAUCAGUUUAUAUAUGAGACAGAGAAGCAUAGUGGUAUAGGUGAGCUCUUGGAGGUUCUAGGGAGCAUAAUAAAUGGAUUUGCGUUGCCGAUGAAAGAGGAGCAUAAGCUGUUUCUUGUCCGUGCACUCAUACCGCUCCACAAGCCAAAAACAAAUGCAGUGUAUCAUCAGCAGUUGUCGUACUGUAUUGUCCAGUUCAUGGAGAAGGACUACAAGCUGGCAGAUGCUGUUAUAAGAGGUUUGUUGAAAUACUGGCCUGUCACAAAUUGCCGAAAAGAGGUUCUGUUUCUUGGGGAACUUGAAGAAGUUCUGGAGGCUACGCAGGUGUCAGAGUUUCAGCGAUGCAUGGUUCCCCUUUUUAGACAGAUAGCUCGCUGCCUUAACAGUUCACAUUCCCAGGUUGCAGAGCGCGCCCUAUUCUUGUGGAAUAACGAUCAUAUAGUAAGCCUGAUUGCACAGAACCGGAAUGUCAUAUUGCCAAUCAUCUUUGAGGCCAUGGAAAAGAACAUACAAUCUCAUUGGAACCAAGCGAUCCAAGGGCUGACUGGUAACGUUCAGAAAAUCUUUCUGGAAAUGGAUUCCGACUUAUUCCACGAGUGCCAAAGACAGUAUGCAGAAAGUGCAGCUUGCGCGACAGAACAGGAAGAGCAGCGAGAAUUAAGAUGGCAGAGAUUAGUAGCCUGCAGCUAAAAUGACACGUCACCAAAAACCCGCUCGGUUUAGGAGUAGAUGGUGUGCAGUGUUAAAUCGGAUGCUCGAAUUCAUGAGCAUAUAUAGACAACAAUGCUAUACAAUCUUGGAAGCAUAAGCCAUGAAGAACAUGCUUUACACUGUAAAUGGUACUCUGUUUUAGUUCUCCCUUUUUUCUUUUUGUUUUCAUUGUGCAAAGUGAUUGAUCCACAGCUUAAAUUAAGAAUGGUUUGUGAAAGUUUAUGUGA